AUGGGAGGUAGGGCAAUGUUGUUGGUACUAUCCAUCAUAUUGAUGAUUGGACUAGGAACAAGAGAGGUGAAAGCCCAUAAGUUGUUCGACCGUAAAUUGUUAUUAAAGGGGCUUGUGCAUGCCCAUGUGCAAUCUGCUCAUGGUCAAGCCCAUAUUCACGCUCAAGCUCAAGAUCAGGAUCAACUUCAAGUUCAAGGUCAUCAGGCUCAACUUCAAGCUCAUGCUCUGAAUUUAGCUAAGGUCCAGGCUCAACUUCAAACGGACGCCCAGACCCAGGAUUUAGCUAAAGUUCAAGCUCAAGCUCAUGCUCUGAAUUUAGCUAAGAUUCAGGCCCAGGCUCAACUUCAAGCCCAUGCUCAGGCUCAGGCUCAAGCUCACGCUCAGGUUUCAGAUGUAGUCAAGCUUCAGGCUCAUGCUCAACUUCAAGCCCACGCUCAGGUUCAAACCCAGGCUCAAGAUAAGCAUAAGGCUCAAGAUCAGGCUCAAGAUAAGCAUAAGGCUCUAGAUCAGGCUCAAACUAAGCCUAAGGCAAAAGCUCAAUCCCCAGCUAAAGCUCAGGCUCAAUCUUCAGCUACACAAGCCCAUCAGGCCCAAGCUCAGUCUCAGACGCAGGCUAAAUGUCAAGAUCAACUUCAAGCCCACACUCAGGCUCAGGCUCAGGCUCAGGCUCAGGCUCAAGCCCAUGCUCAUGCUCAGUCUCAGGCUCAGGCUCAGACUCAAGCCCAUGCUCAGGCUCAUACUCAAGCCCAUGCUCAGGCUCAAGCUCAAACUCAAGCUCAAGCCCAUUCUCAUGCUCAAUCCCAUUCUCAUGCUCAAUCCCAUGCUCCGGAUCAAACUCAAACCCACACUCAAGCUCAAGUGAAGCAUAAGACUCUAGAUCAAGCUCAAGCUAAUCCUAAGGCUCAAGCUCAAUCCCCUGUUAAAGCUCAGGCUCAAUCUCCACCUACUCAAGCUCAAGCACAUGCUAAUGCUCAAACUCAGGCACAAGCUCAGGCUCAGGCUCAGGCUCAGGCUCAGGCUCAGGCUCAGGCUAAUGCUAAUGCUAAUGCCAAUGCCAAUGCCAAUGCUAAUGCCAAUGCCAAUGCCAAUGCUAAUGCCAAUGCCAAUGCCAAUGCCAAUGCCAAUGCCAAUGCCAAUGCCAAUGCCAAUGCCAAUGCCAAUGCCAAUGCCAAUGCCAAUGCCAAUGCCAAUGCUAAUGCCAAGGCUAAGGCUAAGGCUAAGGCUAAGGCUAAGGCUAAUACUAAUGCUCAAGCUCAAGCUAAACCUCAAGACCAACUUCAAUCCCACACUCAAGCUCGGGAUCAGACUCAUGUUGAGGCUCGUGCAAAUGUCAAUGCUCAAACUCAGGUUGAUCAUGUUCAUGCUCGUACAAGUGUCGAAGGCGUGAAAGCUAAUGUCCAAGUCACUACAAAACCUGUUGUAGGCGGUGUUGAUUCGAUGAAGAUGGUGAAUGAGCUUUGCGCGACAGCCACAUAUAAGGAUGCUUGCAUCAGGAGUUUAAGCUCGUUAACGAGUAAUUGCGGCAAUAAUCCUGGUGCAUACUUAAGAAGUGGUGUAAAAUUGGCUUUGGAUGAGAUAACCAAGGUCUCCACCCUCCCUAACACCCUCCUCCCAAAAGCCAACACGGAGAGGGCUAACUCAGCACUUAAAACUUGUACGGAUCUUUUGGAACAAUCAAUGGACCGCCUUAAAAUGGUUUCUGAUCAAGUGGGUGGGGCUGAUCUCAACAAAACUCUAAAGGACCCAACGGUUGUCCUAAAUCUCCGUCUUGAGCUAGGUGAUGUCAACACCUUCUCCACUAGUUGUUUGGACGAGUUCACCGAAGCUCAGGCUCCACAACUCCAACAACUUAUGCAAGCCGGUAUUGCCAAUGCCCAACAACUUGCAAUUAACAUGCUCGACAUUGUUUCCACCUAUCAAUUUUAA